AUGAGCGCGCGAACAGACACAGAAGCCGAGCAGAACCAGCUCUCGUCGGGCAUCACGCCCGACACGCUCAGCGCCAAGUUGAGGGAGAAGCUGGAGGCCAGUCACGUCGACAUCGCCGAUUUGUCAGGAGGAUGCGGUCAGAUGUUCGAAGCGAUUAUCGUCUCGCCUCAGUUCGCCAAGAAGACUACCCUCGCGCGGCAUCGCCUGGUGAACAGCACGCUGAAAGAGGAGAUUGCUGCUAUACAUGCUUGGACGCCCAAGUGCUUCACGCCUGAAGAGUGGGAGAAGAAGAAGGGUGGGGGAUGA